AUGCCUGCACUAUCGCAUGCGAUUGAUGCCGGGAUUGCUAAGCUUGAGGAUUAUGUCAAGAAAUCCAGAUCUUUGCCGGCUCAUGCCCUUGCAAUGGCGCUCAACCCGUCCAUUCGUUACUUCUGGAUCGAGAAGUAUUGGUCAUCUGAAGAGGCGCUGAAAGCAAAGGAACUUGUCCAAGAACAUCUAUUACAAUGCCUUGAAGAGCAGGAAGCUAGGCGUCAGAAUGCCACACAAAGUACCAUGGUAACAGUCGCGCAUACGGCUAGCCAGGCCGCCAAUGGGAACCUUACUCGUGGGCACGAAGCAUUUUUAGUCAACGAAGGUGAUUUGCGGCCCGUUUCUAGCUAUUGUACCGAGUACAAUCCAACUUCGUCCCCUCCAACUUGCGCCCUCAUUCACCAGCUUCACUGGAACUUGAACUCAGCUCCAACGGCUCUCCCACCCCUAGCACGGUUGAUUCAUCCAGCUCAACAGUUCUUUGAUCCGAUAUCAACGCUCGAAACCUUGCAUUGGUUAAGCUUGAGCACAAAGCAUUCCUUGAGCAGAAGGUUAUUCCGCCAGAGAAGUUGA